AUGUAUUAUUUUGGUUAUAAAGCUAAAGAUAUCGGUGAAUGCUUAUAUAAAAUUCAUAAUGAUAGUGUUAGACCAAGACAUUUCCUUGGUGCAGACAAUGCGGAUGAAAUAGAAGCAAUACUCUUAGAUUGUGAAGGGCAUUCCCUACACGAGAUUAUUGAUAGUGAUAAGCCACUCUGUCCUAUCAUAGAAUUUGAUUUACUAAUAGAAACGCUAAAUGCUAUUUCAUCUAAGCUAUCAGACAAACAGGCUAAAAACACAUUUGCAAUGCUUUUAGAAAUAUCUGUCUAG